AUGAUGCCAAAGCUUGUUGUUCAGGUGAUGAAUCGAUCAAAUCAUUCGAAAACAAUUUUGAUUAAUAUAACAAAUGUGGCGAAAUCGUUGCAUCGUUCACCAUUGUAUAUAACAAAAUAUUUUUCAUUUGAAUUAAGUACAUCAAUGGAAUUUGAUGAAAAAUCCAAUUUCUAUAUGCUUAAUGGUGAAUAUCAUCAAGGAAAAUUACAAGAUUUAUUAAAUAACUUUAUUAUUCAAUUUGUUCUAUGUCGAUCUUGUGAAAAUCCCGAAACUGAAUUAAGUUGUAAGAAUGAUAAAAUAUGUCAACGUUGUUAUGCAUGUGGAAAUCAAUCGAAAACGAAUUCCGAAGAUCAUAAAUUAGUGAAAUUUAUUUUACGAAAUCCAUCGAAAAUCCACGAAAAUAAAAAUAAUCAAUAUGAUUCAAAUACAAAUGAACAAGAAAAGUGUUUUUCUCAACAAGACAAUUCGACAAUCGAUGAUGAUUUCUUCGAUGAAGAUUAUGAAAAAUUCCGUUCUUUGUUUCAGAAGAAAAAAUUGUUAAAACAAUUAAAUGAUUUGAAUUCUAUUGAAGAAUUGAUUUAUCAAUCGAAAAGAGCAAACAUUGGAAUCAAAAUUCCAUUUUAUAUUGCAACAAAUUUAUUUACUAAUGAAAUUCUCAAAGAAAUCGAUCGAUAUGAAAUAUUACUUCGUGAAAUAUGUAGAAAUAAUGAAGAUCAAUAUGCUUUAUUAGAUGGAAUCGCGAUUGUUAUCUGUUCAAAUGAAGAUUUGCAUAAGAAAUUGUCAAAUGAAAAACAAAUUUCAAAUAUCUUUUAUAAACUAUACGAUAAGGAUAUUGUGGCUGAAGAAGUUUUUUAUGAUUGGUAUGAAAAGGAAUCGAAUAGAAUUGUACAGAAAACAAUUGAAACUGAUAUUCAUAAAUAUGCAAAUGAAUUUAUUCGUUGGUUAAAAACAGCUGAAGAAAUCAAUGACGAUCAGAACAUUUCAAAUAAUUCAACAUAA